AUUUUGAUCAGAACAAUUUUUAAAGUUCUUAUUCAAAGAAUAAUACUUUACGAUCGGGCUCGAUGUUGUACGGAAUCCCAGAUGGUUGACGCGCGGAGCGCUCCGACUCGCCCAAUCAAUGACAACAAAUCCUCGAAAGAGUGGAUCAAGAGUGAACCUAUGAUAAAAAACAAUACAUCAUCUAUUCUUGAGUGAAUCAGGAUUAAAAAUGGCAUCAAAGAAACGAAGAGCAUCACGUCCAGAAUUGAGAAGAUUGCCAUUGUCUUUGAUGUGUGAAUGGGCAUCAUGUAAAGAAACAUUUCAAGACAUGGAGCAAUUUACAAACCAUCUUAAGGCUCACCUCACUGGCGUUACAAGCAAUGGUAUAAUGGAAGAAGCUACAGAAUACAGAUGUUUGUGGAGGGACUGUGAAAUGACGAUUACUGGCCAUGUAACAGACUUUGUUAGACAUGUAUACUUCCACUCUUUCCAUGUCAAAAUUAAAUGUCUAGGAUCUCAGAUGGUACAAACCUUAAAGUUACAGGGAUGUCAGCUGGAUGAACAAAGUCGCAAUUUGAUUCCAGAAUUACCAGAGAGAUUGCAGUGUGGUUGGAAGGGGUGCGAGACAAUCAUGGACAUCCCAGAAGCCUUUUAUCGCCAUGUGGACAGUCAUGCUGUAUCUUUUCCCGAGGGUAAUAAUGUACCCGGAGGCUGCAAGUGCUCAUGGGAGGGUUGUGAUGCUGUGUCAAAAAGUAGAUAUAAACUGCGUGAGCAUCUUAGGAGUCACACUCAGGAGAAAAUCAUAGCCUGCACUGUGUGUGGAGGUCUAUUUUCCCCCAGAACAAAGUUUCUAGAUCACAUGAAACGCCAAGAAGAAACAGAUGUUCAGUGUUACCAAUGUUCACACUGUGACAAACGCUACACCACAGAGAGACUUCUGAGGGAUCAUGUCCGCCACCAUGUGAACCAGUACAAGUGUCCGUGCUGUGAUAUGACUUGUCCCACACCCUCCAGUUUGAAAACGCAUUUGCGCUACAGACACACCACUCAGGCUCCCUACAAAUGUGACCAUUGUGGACAUGGAGCCAAGUCAAUUGCCGACUUGAAAAAGCAUUUAGAAAGUCACAAUAUAGAUGUUCCAUAUCAUUGCCAUAUUCCAGACUGUUCCUAUACAUCAAGAACAUUUCAAAGCUUAGAAAAUCAUUUCAAACGUCUUCAUCAAGACCUUGAUGUUCAGAAAUACAAAUGCCACGUCUGCUCUACUCUGUUUACCCGUGGUACAAAUCUUACAUCUCAUUUAAAGAAAAAACACAAGUUCAGAUGGCCAUCUGGACAUUCACGCUUUAGAUACAAAAUGCAGGAAGAUGGAUAUUUACAGCUGCAGACCGUGCGAUAUGAAAGCAUUAAACUGACUGAGCAGAUGGAGAGUGAUGAAGCAGUUUCUUCAGAAGUUGAUGUAAACCCACUUUCUUCCACAGACUCUGAAGAAGUCAUUAGCAGAAGUAAGAAAAGAAGAAGGACCUUUAAAAAGGAGAAAGAAAACACGGCUUCUAAACCUAAUGAUUUACAUCAAGAUUACAGUUUAUGCAGGACAGAGCAAACUGCUGGAAAUCUAGUCUCAACUAAUAUCCGCUGUGGCAAGAAUGAAGUCAAAGAACAAACUACAUUACAAGGUCCUGAACCUGAAACAAGAUAUCAGUAUGUUUCAUUUGUAGAGCUUCCUCCGGACUAUUUUUCUUUAAAUCCUCACUUGAAACAAGUCCCUCAUGUGCCUGAAAGUGAAAUAUUACAACCUAUUACCAUAGGAAGCAGUGGUUUGGAUCAUUUUAAGGAUAUAACGAGAGAAAUGGACGGGGACAAUAUUUAUCAGAGUUCAGACCGAGAGCUUCCAUCGGAGCAGGAACAUUCAUCACAACAACCUACAGAUACAUCAGGUGAGGACAGAGGACAGAACUAUAAUCUGGAAAUGCUUGGAGAUGUUGCAUUGAGAGCACCCCCAGAGAAGGAAAAAUCAAGUCCGGGAAAAACCAGAAAAAGAAAACAAACACUGACAAACAAAUGCAGGAAUGCUUAAUGACAAGAUUCACCGACUUCAAAAGUCUAUGCCAUGAACCCAAAUCAAGCUAUGAGAGAUUGAAUUUUUUAUUUAUAUACCGGUAUAAAUACCUUAACUUAAAUGUAUUAAUGUCAUGGUAUAUUCAUCAUCUUUAAAACUUAAAAAAUUGAGAAUACAUUGUACAAAGCAUAAGUUCUUAUGCUUAAAUUAAUCUUUAUAGUUUGAUAAGCAAUGAUUUUUAGCUUUAAACAAAUGUU